AAUGCUUUCUUCUUGAUUAACGGAUAAUCAUGUUGCCUAUUUUGAAGAUGUUGACAUCUACUACCGCUUUGUUUUCAAACAAAGGCUACAUGUGCGCGCUUAUAUUCCGACACCACAACAUGGGAGGGUCUAUUUUUGUCUGCCCUGAUCACACACUGACACGGAAAACUACUUUUAGGUGUCCAAUAAGAGUUGUUUAGACAUGAGUGGGCUUAAUGAGGUGACCAUUUCUCCAGUGCUCCUCCAGGCCAUCUCACAGACCCUCACCUCCACAAAGGACCGCCACACGGUCAGCAUGCAGCCGACCAUCAACGUCAAACAGGAGAUGAUGGACGACCUUCAGGCUGCUGGAGGUCAUGCUGCUGUUAAUCACAUAUUGCAGGGUAUGAAUGAGCCCAUCUCUGACCAGUCACGACUACAUUCCAGAUCUAUGUCAACCGAUAUGGAAAACCUUACUGAAAGUUCUGGCCAAGUUUUCUCUCCAGGUAGCAUUAACAUCUCAUCAGAAAACAUUAAGAGCAUGUUGAAAUGGAAAAUUGACCAACUGCACCAACAGAAUGCCUUAAACAGUGCUGUAAAUCAGGUUCAAGAAGAGACCAGACUGCAGGACCAGGAAAAUGUGCCUGGCCGUGAAACCAUCAUCAUUACCUCAAACUCUGGCGGGGACCUCAGUAUGGGUAUGGUCAAUGUGUUAUCAGCUCUUGCAUCUCACCACCUGAAAACAGGUGGUGUGGAAAAAGAGAAGGGAGACGACCUUCAACAAGAGACUGUGCCCCAAACAGGUGACAUUGCACAAGUGCAGACUAAGGAUCCUGAUACUCUAGAGCAGGAGAAACAAAUGAUAAUUUGUUAUCAGGACAGUAAUGGCCAGGUGAAUGUGCCAUCACCCAUUAAUGAUGUGGUGGUGUCGGAUGCUGGAGGCCAGCCAGUUGGCAUGGUGAUAGAGCAGGAUGGCCAGCGAUUCUACAUGCCCAAUACUGGUACAGACAAACCCAGCAGUAUUGGUCUUGAUCAGAGUUCACCUCCUAAGCAGUUCCGCUAUUCAGAGGAUGGCAGUUUUACGGUAGUUAAUGAGAACUCUGUGGAAGUGAUGUCCUCCAUGCCAAGGGAUUCAGGUCUCCCUCCCGACCCAUCCAUGGGACCAUGUCCAAUAUGUGGGGACGCAAUUUCAGGCUAUCAUUAUGGGAUAUUCACAUGUGAAAGCUGUAAAGGAUUUUUCAAAAGAACUGUACAAAAUAAGAAAACAUUUGCUUGUCAUCGAAAAGGGGAUUGUGAAAUAACAAAACUGAGUAGAAAGAAAUGCCCAGCGUGUCGGUUUGCAAAGUGUAUCAUCCACGGUAUGAAACUUGAAGCCAUCAGACAUGACAGGAUGAGGGGAGGAAGGAGCAGUUAUGAUGGCUGUUCACCACACGGACGACCAAAAGUCUACCCCUUAGAGCUUACCUCUAUCCCCAAACCUCAAAGGCGCACACCAAGUUCUCAUCGAAAGGUAGCACCAAGUGCCAAUCAAGGGAACCAAUCAUUAGAAAAUGUACAUGUGACUUUACCCACUGGUGAAGAUAUCUCUGGGAGUCAGCUAAUGGCGAUUCUUAAUCGGAACGGGAAGUCUGUGCCAGAAGAAACUGUUAAGCCAUUUGUUCCCCAUUUAUUGACAGAAAUUAUGAAUGUUGAAUCCUAUUUAUGUGAUGAUGAAAACCAAGCAGAUUUUCCAGCAGAUCGUUUGUCAGAAAAUGACCCAACGUUUAUGUUGUCUUUGCUACAACUCGCAGAGCUUCGAUUGUACAAGCUAGUUCGCUGGGCCCGUAACCUGCCUCAGUUCAGUGCGAUAGCGACGGACGACCAGAUUUUAUUGCUGCAGAACUGUUGGGCGGACCUGCUGCUGUUCAACUGUUGUAUGAGAUCUAUACAGAGCACGACGGAGAUAUUCCUACCGAUGGGCAAGUCCAUUGACAUGGAGAAAGCCACCAAACUGGGGCAUGGUGCCGACGAUAUUGUGUCCCGGCUCCUGGCCAUCACAGAUCAGCUGCGCCGACUACAGGUGGACCAGUACGAGUUUGUAGCCUUGAAGGUUCUCAUGCUCAUCACACCAGAUGUGAAGGGCCUGAAGGAGCCAGGAAAAGCCCAGGAACACCAGGAUUCGAUCUGUGAAGCCCUGGGUCUGUACACCAACUCUCAUUACCCACAACACAACAACAAAUUCGGUGAAAUGCUACUCCGACUCCCGGAGAUUUCGCGCGUCAGUAUGAUUGGCAAGGAGAUUCUCAACACUGUCAUGCCGCCAGAAUUCACCUCCUGUGGCCUUUUGUUUGAACUCCUUAAGGGAGAUGGUCUUAAAGAUGAGACGUAGGCGGAUGGAAUGGAAAUGUCUCUGUUCUGGUUUCGUAUUCAAUCUUCUGUGUAAUGUAUCCGUUACAUAAACAAUAUACAGUCAUCAUCUUAAAAACAAUUCGUGCAAAGCUUCAAAAACAAUCGGAUGGCAAGCAGACUUUUUGUUUUUGUUCGGAGACUGUGUAUGUUUUGUAUUCUUAGAUGUUAACUGCACAUCAUUUUUAUCAGUAACACAGUAUUUCAAUAAUUUUAUCACAGAAUUUCAGCAUUUUUAACCAUAUAUUCGCAGUCAGCAGUGGCUGAUAUACUUCUGUCAAACAGCAUCAUUACUGAUAGUUACUAGUAUAACAUGAUUUAAAAAACACAAUAUGCUUAAUGUAGGCAUUUAAAUCAUUCACAGUUAGGAUCAGUCACAUUUUAAAACAGACAUUUACUGCAAACUGAAAAUGCAAUAGGAUUGGGGUAUAAAGUAGUUUUAAAACAUUUUUUGUAAUGAUGCAUAUAAUAUACAUACAUGUAUACAGAGAUAAUCCCAGGAUGUGAAUAUGUGAUACAUGUGCUAAUUAUCAAUGAUAGUUAUUCUCACACUCAAACAAAAAUAAAUUGCUUUGUCCUGAUAAGGUGUAUGGGCUAGCAAUCAAAUUUUGUGUCAUCUUUCACUCUCAACAAGGCUAAUUGUCUGUCAUCUGUUUCUUACGAAGUGUGUAAUAGAUUCAAGCAAAGCAAGUUCUUAGUAACAAUCAUGAUUUGGACAUAAUGUCAUUUGGUUUGCAGCAAAUUCUGGGUUAAUAUUAUAUAUAUCAAGAAUCUGAAUUUCAUUUUACAUUCUUGUGCAGUAUUUUUUAGCUUUCUAAGUAUCUUAAUUGAUAUAUGUAUACAGAUUACGAUUAUCAGGGUUAAUAUCACACAUUUGUCAAGUUCCACAUUGAAAAUGAUUAAGUGUCUGAUAUUAACUGAUACUUGAAAUUAUUUGGAAAUUAAUAAUCAAUACCUCAAAUAGUCUGUAUUUGGAAUGAACCAAAAAUCUAAAAAAUUUGCGAGAUUGCAUAGAAAUAUUUUGCAAUGACAUAAGCCCCUCAAUUACCCAGUUUCAUUUGCUUGGAAUGUCUGGAACCAACAUUCAAAAGUGCAUGUAUAUCAGUUGAUUUUUAAAGCAUAUAGCGCAAGUUUAUGAUGGUUGAUCACUGUCAGAAUACAAUUUUAAUAUCAUCUGAUGCUCAAUAAGUAAACUGCUGCCAUGAAACUUAGACAAUAAUAAUAACUCUUUUGGGAUGUUGCCAUCAAACAAUGUUUUGGUGUCCAUCUCACCUGAAUCAAGUGUCUGUUGCACAUUGUCACCAGACCCGUUACCAAGGCACUCCCUGUAGAUUGAUUUUGAUUGGUCACGCAGAAUUAUCUCCACCUUCUUGGUGUCGGGUGAAAUUCUUACAACAUUGCUGUACAAAGGACGUAAUACAUGUAAUAUUCCAACAGCUAUUAUUAAUCUUCAUUUUAAAACAAAUGGGUUUUACCAGCAUCGGACCAGUACGACAAGAUCAGCACUUACAUGUUCCUUUGCAUCUAUAUAAGGGUAAAGGAUUUCAUAUCUAAAUUUCGUUUCAUUAUCGUUCAUUUCAUUGAUAUAGUUGUUUUUAAUAUGUAUUUUUUGUUGUUUGAUAGCUGGUAUGAUGAGAAGACUACUAGAAAUCUCUCAUAUUAUAAAAAAUUUAAAUUUAAACAAGUAAACUUUUGUUCAUUGUUAAUUAGUUAAUUUAUAUGUACUGCCAUUUUCAUGAAAUAAAUUUUUAUCAGUAAUCAUCUAAAAUGUUACAAGAUAAUGUAAAUAUUACUAUAGCUCUAUUUUAUAUAAUAACACAGUGCCCUGGUUUAAGUUCCAUGGUGUCAUAAGUAAAAAUCAAGUGGCCUUGUGUAUCUGCUUCUAUUAUGAACAUCAACAUUUGCUCAGGAUAUAAAUGUAUGUAUGAAGCUCAGAUAAGAAAUGGUCAAAAAACUACAGAGGUUGUCAUUGAAAAUCAAAUACAUCUAUAUAGUCAUGUAAAUUAACAUCCAAAUGGGAAAUUAUUAAAAAAAAAGGUCAAAAAUGGUUGAAGUUCAGGUGCAUGGAGUCAAUUGAUCAAGAUUUUCAAAUAAAUUUCUAUGUCAUUUGAAGUGGAAAGAUUUGUGUUACUGGCUCAUUGAUAGCAAGAUACUUUAUAUUAUGGUUUCCUUAUAUCGUUGAAAAAUAAAAUAAUUUAUAUUAUUGUGUUUUGAUCCACUAUGUCAUUUGUAAUUUUUUCAACCCUUUACUUGCAUUGCAAAUGUUGUGUUUUCUUCAUUGUCUUUAGCAAUGUUUUCAUCUAGAGAUAUUUGGGGGAAAAAAUACUUCUGAAUGAAUUCAAGUUUUGUAUUUGCCAAAUUUUACACAGAUUUAACCUUUGCAUCAAAAAUAUUUCAUAAAAAUCACUAAGAAAGGACCUUUUAUGUACAGGUUAUCAUGACAACAUUAUGCUCAAAGAUGUUAUGUUGAACGCUAUAUGUUGCUCAGUAAUAUUAAGUGUUGUAGAACUUGCAUACAAUGUUUCUUGUCAAUUUGUGCUAUUGUUUUCUUUACAAAUAUUUACCAACAUGACGUCUUAGAGGAAGCUAUUUUUGUGUUUUGUUUAAUGAUGAUGACUUUAUAUGAAAUCAUAAUUGUCUUUAACUCGUUGACCCCUGAAAUUUCAUUAUGAACUAUUCCAACCUUUGAACUGGAAGAGCUCAAAUGUGUCUUCAGGGGUGAAUGAGUUAAUCAAAGUGAUCAUGUUUCAUUGUAAUAUUACCAGUGGUAAGGAGGCUAGAGGGGAAUUGCUUAAUAAUGUAAAUAAUUAUUUUGUUUUCUGUAUCAGGCUUUCACCUGUCCUGCCAAAAGCAGAAAAAAAUGUCUUUUCAAGAACCAUACAAAAUUAAUUUGUCAUUGAAAUGAUUCAAAUAGUCAGCUUUUUAAUUGAAACUAAAUGAGUGACAAAUAUUUUUAGCAAUGAAUCAUUUCUGUACUUAUUUUUCACACAAACUUGAAGGUUUUAAAAGCCCAGCACAUAUAUGCAUGAUGGAUUUUGAGGGUUUAGAUUUGCUAAUGAGAAAAUAUUCAUGGGUUUGUAGUGAAAAUGCUCUGCGAUGCAAAAUGUAUUUGGUAUGGGCUUAAUACAAUUAUAGAAGCUUUCAUUUCCAGCUAACUGCCACUUAUUAAUGAUUGAAUCAAGUCUUUUGGUCCUAUUAAAACUUAAACCAUUAUAGUAUAUGCUGGUGGACAUGAUCUUAACUCAUUCACCCCUGAAAUUUCAUAAUGAACUAUUCCAACAUUUGAAUUGGAAGAGUUCAAAUGUGUCUUCAGGGGUGAAUGAGUUAAUUGUUGGUCACCAGUAAGCCCUGGAUAGAAUUAAUAAAAUGCUUUAACGUUUCAUAAUUGUUGGAACAGUCUGGCCUUAAGAAACCUUGCAAGAAAGGAAGAUAAAAAUAUUUGAUUAAAGCAUUUUUUGAAACUUUUUGUAAAUAAUAGAAAGUGACUGAAGAAGUCGUUAUAAUUAGUGUAGUAAAGGAUAGUAAAGUAACUAACAAAAACGCUUUUAGUGGAGGAAAUAUCAGGAAGUAACUGAAAGUAUUAGUGAAGUAUAUAAUAGCAAGAAAUCGAAGGAAGGCUAAUAAUUAUUAGUGUACUUAAAUUGGAGUGCAAGUGUGUACAAAUUUAGUGUAGGAAAAAAUGGCAUUUAAUGGAGAAAAGUUUUAAGUAGUUUAGGUAAUUUAGCAAGUAACUAAAGAAAGUUUUACUAAUUUAUGAGACAAUAGCAAAGAAAUAGAAGAAAACUAUUGAUCUAAUGAAAAGAUGUGGAAUCACUUUCACAAAAAAAUGCUAGUGUUGUGAAUACAAAAGGGAUACAUUACUUAGCAGCUAAUUAUCUAGAUGAAAAAUAAACGUCUGCUUUGAUUAGUUCCAUAGUUUUGAGUUUCAUUUUAAAUGAAUCGGUUAUCUUUAUUGAUAUUACAUAGUAAAAUCAAACUUUUCUGAGCGAUAUGUCAAUUUCUUUUCCAUUGAUGCGUCUAGAUUGGUGCACCUGCGUUCAUUUUGAAGCUUUACAUAGGAGCUCAAGCAGGAAAUGGACACCUAAUUUAAAGUUAAAGAUUCAUGACCUUUGACACCAUAAAGCUAAUACACAAGUCUGUAGUUGUAGUAUGUGAUCCAUUCCCAGUGUUGUAUGUAGUGCAUUGUAGAAAGUCUUGUGAUUGUAGUAGACUACCCCUACACCAUGUCUUGUGAUUGUAGUAGACUACCCCUACACCAUGUCUUGACUGUAAAUUGGCUGGGGUUAAAGAUUGUGACAUGUCAUGUUGGUUACUUAUCUUUACUCCUUAUAACAAGCUGUGGGCAUUCAGUCUUCACACAUUUCUUGUAGCUGUAAUGUGACAUUUUAUACAGACCAAUAUAUGUGCUUUAAGCAGACAAAUGGCUUGCACUUGAACAUUUGUGAAACAAUCUGCAAUGUUGUGAUUGUACGACCAGCAUAUUUUAUUUAUUUUGAAAUUUAAUCUUUCAUAUUUGCAAUCAGCUCACACGAUGAGAAGUGUGAGCUAGCUGUAUGCCAUUAUACAGUGUAUAUAUCUAUCACACAUGUCUUAACAUUAUUACGGAUACUUGACUAAAAUCAAGUAAAUGAAUGUCGACAUUAUCAUGAAUCCAUACCGUUUUAUGUGGUAUCAUAUUAACCCCAUAGACAAACUUGUUAUCCCUCACAGGAAUAAAAUGUAAUAUGUGCCAGCUUA